AUGACUUCCCACGGCGUCGAUCACCAACAAGAUUACCCUAUGAUCAUCACCGUUGAAAUAGAAAAUUAUGCAGUCAAAAAAGUCCUCGUCGACCAAGGUAGCUCCGUUGACAUCCUUUACUGGGCAACAUACCAGAAACUUCAACUCUCAGACACCGCUAUGGCCCCAUACGAUAAACCAAUUUAUGGCUUUUCUGGGGAAAAAGUUUCCACUCGCGGCUACAUUGACCUCCAUACCGUCGUCCGUGACGGAGCCCAAACUAAGACCAUUCCUAUCUGCUUCCUCGUCGUCGAUGCGCCUACAUCCUAUAAUGUCCUCCUAGGCCGCCCUUCACUCAACACCCUCGGCGCUGUUGUCUCCACACCUCAUCUGACCAUGAAGUUUCCUUCCCCAUCGGGCGACAUCCUUACCAUCCAUGGCGAUCAACGCCUUGCACGCGAAUGCUACAGGGCCAGCCUACGCCCACAACUCCCUAUCCUGCAAACUAAUCACAUAGAGCGACCACCUGGCUCUGAGAUCGCUUUGUUUGGUGACGAUUUAGACCCCAGAAUGGGCCGGGAUGUCCGCCUUGAACCUGUUGAAGAAACCACUCCCCUGGAGUCCCUAAUGGUCGCACCAUCAAACUCGAAAAAACGCAAACUUGGCGAGGAGCGACACCUAGCGGCCAAGGCUGAGGCUGAUAAAUUGCUGAGCGCGGGGUUUAUCGAAGAAGCACAUUAUACCACCUGGCUCUCUAACGUGGUGUUGGUCAAGAAAGCCAAUGUCAAAUGGCGAAUGUGUGUUGGUUAUAUCGAUCUUAACAAUGCAUGUCCUAGAGAUGCCUACCCAUUACCAGAUAUUGACCGACUCGUCGACAGCGCCGUCAGUAACAAGGUCCUCAGCUUUCUUGACGCAUACUCCGGAUACAACCAAAUUCCCAUGGCCGCAUCUGACAUGAACAAAACCGCUUUAAUCACAGAUGACGCCAAUUACUUCUACAAAGUCAUGUCAUUCGAUCUUAAAAACACAGGAGCAACCUACCAAUAA